ACCAUCGUGCCUUGGAAAGUGUUCCGACAGUGCCUUCACGAAGUGCAUCACAUCAGCUCUGGCCUGGAGGCCAUGGCCCUUAAGUCCACCAUCGACCUCACCUGCAACGACUACAUAUCUGUCUUUGAGUUCGACAUCUUCACCAGGCUCUUCCAGGUAAAUUUCAUUUGUUCAUUUUCUCCGGCUUUUUUACAUCUAUUUUUCUCUUUUAGUAGAAUUCUGGCGUGGGUGUAUUGUCUCAUUUACAGGAAAACUCUCCCUCGCCUCAUUUCAUCAAGCAAAACGAGAAUGGAUAUAGCUCAAACUCAAACAUGUAACCCAUGUCUGUGGAACACACUCGUAUUAUUUAUUUUAUCACGUGCUAAUGUUGUAACCCCUAGAGCUUCCAUCAGCUUGAUGUACUUCCAUUGGGCCACCAAAGCCAGGGACUAUUGAAAAAUGUAGCAUUGUUUUGAAUAGAUAUGACUUCAUGACGGGUGGGGGGGGGGGGGUUGUCGUUGAGUGAGUCUCACUCAGUUAGGCUAAACCCCCCCCCGCCCCCGUGGUUUGGCCGUGUUCAGCUGAUUCAUUGGCUGUGAAUCCACGGGGAGCUGGCACACUAACUAGCCAUGAGGAGUGACCACAACUGAGACAAAAAGGCCACAGUGCUUUAUAAAUAAGGUCAAGCAAGUCAUGGAAACUCAAUGCAGUUUCACAGUGAGAUGGAAAUGAACAGUAAAGUAACAGAAAGCAUGCAGAGUCAUUAGAUGUUUAUUUACCUAGCUCACAAAAAAAUUUUUACACAGUGGCCAUUUGGCACAUCACACUGAAGAGACUCAGAAAAAAUAAUUUGACUGCACCUAGAACUUGAACCUCACUGAUUUUUCUUUUAUUGCUUUUGUCCCCCCCCCUCCCCACUCCCCACUCCCCCCCCCCCCCCCUUAACGUCCUUGAUCUGCAAUUUCUAGCAUAUGCAACACCUGACCAGUACUAUUCUGGGAAUUAUUUCAACUGUUAAGAUACUUUUCAUCCGACCUUGAAGGGCAUUUUGAUGUACAGCAAAGGAUUGGGUUCUCUCUGACUCUUUUGCACAAUUGUUUUGUGCUUUUUUGUCAUAUCCAAUUAUGAUCUUAUCUCAUCGCUGCGCCACUCGGGAGGCCCUUCUAUGUGCACUAUACUAUCAGUAAUUGGGUUUUCUCCCGGCUCCAAGAAAUAGUGCCCUUGAAGUUCUGAGUAGAUUCAUACUCUGUACAAGUGACCCUGGUUUAGGACACUGUAAGAAUGGAAGACAGGAUGGAAUCUGAUGUUUCCUCAUCUUGUGAUGUAAUAAAGUGUGUGUGUGUGUGUGUGUGCGUCACUUAAAUUAUUGUGUUAUUCAAGUGGAUCCACACAUCUGUGACCUCCAAGAAUUAGGAGUCCUUGCAUGCACAAUGUUUCAUUGUUGAUCCAAAUGAAGUAUGUGUGUGUGUGUGUGUGUGACUCCUCUCCUUCUUCUCUCCUCCCUAUCAGCCAUGGGGCUCCAUCCUGAGAAACUGGAACUUCCUUGCUGUGACUCACCCUGGCUACAUGGCUUUCUUGACCUACGAUGAGGUUAAGGCACGGCUACAGAAGUACAUCAACAAACCCGGCAGGUAUGUACAUGCCACAGGAAGGAGUGUUGGUGUGCAUGUGUAAACGUGUGUGCAUGUGUGUGCGUUCGUAUAUGUGGUUAGGGUAUGUUGGGGUCUUACCGGAAACAGGUUUACACUCCUGUCCAUCUGUUUAUCUGUGAUUGAUUCUCCGGGCCUCUUGAUUUACUCUCAGACGGACUACUUCUGCCUGAAUUUUUGGCUGUGACAAGGAAACAUUUUCUUUUUUUAAAGCCCCUGGCAUGUGGGCAGUCUAGAUAUGGAUAAUUGUGUUUCUGUUUAUCUUUUAUAAUAGUACUAUGUUAGUAAAUUAGCUAAUUCUGAAUCUAGCCCAAUGUAUUGCAGAAUACCUUGCAUCAACAUCAUUCAACAUUGCUUUGCAUUGGAGUAGGACCAACUGAUGCAAAUGAUUCUAGAAGGGCCAAUUGUUCUGUGCAGUUAAUUAACGAAUGAAUCUCCUCUUGUCACUUGCUGCAUUGUCUGUCUGCUGUCCCACUUGGUGGUUACAUUACAAUUGCAGGAAGAUAUAAAUCUACGCCCAGGUAGCUGAUAACAACAAGGCUAUUGUACUGUACUGUACUGUACUGUGCAGUACAGUACAGAACAGUACAGAAGAUGGCGCCGGAGAAGAUGGCUGCCGUUUUACAGCCCUCUAACCAAUUGUACUAUUAUGUGUGUUUUUUCGCGUUAUUUGUAAUUUAUUCUGUACAUAAUGUUUCUGCCACCGUCUCUUAUGACCAAAAAUAGCUUCUGGAUAUCAGGACAGCGAUUACUCACCUCGUAUUGGACAAAGAUUUUUUCUUUAACGAGUCGGACGCGAAGGAUAUACUACAGACACCCGACAAGGCCCAAAUCCCCGUCAUUCGCAUGAGAAAGAGACGGAGAUAUCGUGGACGUAGGUCGGGGUGCCUUGUAAGGAUCCGACGGCGAGCGUGUAAACUGCCUCUUCUAUCAAUCCUAUUAGCCAAUGUUCAAACUUUUGAAAAUAAAUUGGACGACCUAAGAUUACGGUUAAAAACUGUAAUAUCUUAUGUUUCACCAAGUCGUGGCUGAACGACAACAUGGAUAACAUACAGCUGGCAGGAUAUACGCUACAUCGGCAAGAUAGAACGGCUGACUCUGGUAAAACAAGGGGUGGCGGUCUGUGUAUAUUUGUAAACAACAGCUGGUGCAUAGAUUCUAAUACUAAGGAAGUCUCGAGGUUUUGCUCGCCUGAGGGUAGAGUAUCUCAUGAUAAACUGUAGACCACACUAUUUACCAAGAGAGUUUUCAUCUAUAUUUUUCGUAGCUGUCUAUUUAACACCACAAACCGAUGCACGCACUAAGAUUGCACUCAAUUAGUUGUAUAAGGCCAUAAGUAAACAGGAAAACGCUCAUCCAGAGGCAGCACUCCUAGUGGCCGGGGACUUUAAUGCAGGGAAUCUUAAAUCCGUUCUACCUAAUUUCUACCAGCAUGUUAAAUGUGCAACCAGAGGAAGAAAAACUCUAGACCACCUUUACUCCAAACACAGAGACGCGUACAAAGCUCUACUUGGCCUCCAUUUGGCAAAUCUGACCAUAACUCUAUCCUCCUGAUUCCUGCUUAUAAGCAAAAACUAAAGCAGGCAGCACCAAUGACUCGGUUAAUAAGGAAGUGGUCAGUUGACGCAGAUGCUAAGCUACAGGACUGUUUUGCUAGCACAGACUGGAAUAUGUUCCGGGAUUCUUCCGAGAGCAUUGAGGAGUACACCACAUCAGUCACUGGCUUCAUCAAUAAGUGCAUUGAUGACAUUGUCCCCACAGUGACCGUACGUACAUACCCCAACCAGAAGCCAUGGAUUACAGGCAACAUCCGCACUGAGCUAAAGGGUAGAGCUGCCGCUUUCAAGGAGCGGGACUCUAACCCGGACGCUUAUAAGAAAUCCCGCUAUGCCCUCCGACGAACCAUCAAACAGGCAAAGAGUCAAUACAGGACUAAGAUUUAAUCGUACUACACCGGCUCUGACGUUCGUCGGAUGUGGCAGGGCUUGAAAACUAUUACAGACUACAAAGGGAAGCACAGCCGCGAGCUGCCCAGUGAGACAAGCCUACAAGACGAGCUAAAUCACUUCUAUGCUCGCUUCGAGGCAAGCAACACUGAAGCAUGCAUGAGAGCAUCAGCUGUUCCGGAUGACUAUGUGAUCACACUCUCCAUAGCUGAUGUGAGUAAGACUUUUAAGCAGGUCAACAUUCACAAGGCCGCAGGGUCAGACAGAUUACCAGGACGUGUACUCCGAGCAAGCGCUGACCAACUGGCAAGUGUCUUCACUGACAUUUUCAACAUGUCCCUGACUGAGUCUGUAAUACCAACAUGUUUCAAGCAGACCACCAUAGUCCCUGUGCCCAAGAACACUAAGAUAACCUGCCUAAAUGACUACCAACCCGUAGCACUCACGUCUGUAGCCAUGAAGUGCUUUGAAAGGCUGGUCAUGGCUCACAUCAAUACCAUUAUCCCAGAAACCCUAGACCCACUCCAAUUUGCAUACCACCCCAACAGAUCCACAGAUUAUGCAAUAUAUUUUGCACUCCACACUGCCCUUUCCCACCUGGACAAGAGGAACACCUACAUGAGAAUGCUAUUCAUUGACUACAGCUCAGCGUUCAACACCAUAGUGCCCUCAAAGCUCAUCACUAAGCUAAGGACCCUGGGACUAAACACCUCCUCAGAUCCUCAAGAAGUUCUACAGCUACACCAUCGAGAACAUCCUGACUGGUUGCAACUGCUCGGCCUCCGACCGCAAGGCACUACAGAGGGUAGUGCAUACGGCUCAGUACAUCACUGGGGCCAAGCUUCCUGCCAUCCAGGACCUCUAUACCAGGCAGAGUCAGAGGAAGGCCCUACAAAUGGUCAAAGACUCCAGCCACCCUAGUCAUAGACUGUUCUCUCUGCUACCACACGGCAAGCGGUACCGGAGCGCCAAGUCUAGUUCCAAAAGGUUUCUUAACCGCUUCUACCCCCAAGCCAUAAGACUUCUGAACAGCUAAUCAUGGCUACCCGGACUAUUUGCAAACGCCCCGAAAAGAGAUCUUCUCACAAAACCGGUUCUGAAAAGCUGAGACUCUCACGAACCCGAACGUGUCGUCCGAACUCUUACAAUUCCAACUACGAAUCCUGCAAGAUACUGUUCUUAAUUAUGUAAUAUAAUAAUAAUAUGCCAUUUAGCAGACGCUUUUAUCCAAAGCGACUUACAGUCAUGCGUGCAUAAUUUUUUUUGUGUAUGUGUGGUCCCGGGGAUCGAACCCACUACCCUGGCGUUACAAGCGCCGUGCUCUUCCAGCUGAGCUACAGAGGACCACAAUUAUAGAACUACCUUUUUUGCCAGUCACUGACUCAAAGCCACAAGAGGGUAGAACAUAUUUCAAACGUUGCUUGUUAGGGGGAGGAAGUUGCAGAAACGUUGGAAUGGUUUAGUCUACCAUCUGAAGUCGGUCCCUUCGGUGUGCUUAACUCUUCACAGGUCUUCUCAUGAAAAUGUCUGUAAAGUCUGAACGGUUUGAGCUAUAAUAAAAAAACUCUCAUGAACAUGUCAUCCGUUUUGGUCUACGACACCCACAAGCUUUGCAGGACUCGUCCGAAGGUCAUCUGGUGAUUGUGCGGUAAGAAUGACUGGAAGUGAAUAGGGUCUUCUUUUUUUUAUCAGCUUUGAUAUUGCAAAUAGGUUGUGGCUUCCAUCAAUGGAAUUGUCUGCAUCAUUUCCAAUCCCCCAUAUAUAUUUUUGUAAAUAUAGUGGGGGAAAAAGUAUUUAGUCAGCCACCAAUUGUGCAAGUUCUCCCACUUAAAAAGAUGAGAGAGGCCUGUAAUUUUCAUCAUAGGUACACGUCAACUAUGACAGACAAAUUGAGAAUUUUUUUCUCCAGAAAAUCACAUUGUAGGAUUUUUUAUGAAUUUAUUUGCAAAUUAUGGUGGAAAGUAAGUAUUUGGUCACCUACAAACAAGCAAGAUUUCUGGCUUUCACAGACCUGUAACUUCUUCUUUAAGAGGCUCCUCUGUCCUCCACUCGUUACCUGUAUUAAUGGCACCUGUUUGAACUUGUUAUCAGUAUAAAAGACACCUGUCCACAACCUCAAACAGUCACACUCCAAACUCCACUAUGGCCAAGACCAAAGAGCUGUCAAAGGACACCAGAAACAAAAUUGUAGACCUGCACCAGGCUGGGAAGACUGAAUCUGCAAUAGGUAAGCAGCUUGGUUUGAAGAAAUUAACUGUGGGAGCAAUUAUUAGGAAAUGGAAGACAUACAAGACCACUGAUAAUCUCCCUCGAUCUGGGGCUCCACGCAAGAUCUCACCCCGUGGGGUCAAAAUGAUCACAAGAACGGUGAGCAAAAAUCCCAGAACCACACGGGGGGACCUAGUGAAUGACCUGCAGAGAGCUGGGACCAAAGUAACAAAGCCUACCAUCAGUAACACACUACGCCGCCAGGGACUCAAAUCCUGCAGUGCCAGACGUGUCCCCCUGCUUAAGCCAGUACAUGUCCAGGCCCAUCUGAAGUUUGCUAGAGUGCAUUUGGAUGAUCCAGAAGAGGAUUGGGAGAAUGUCAUACGGUCAGUUGAAACCAAAAUAGAACUUUUUGGUAAAAACUCAACUCGUCGUGUUUGGAGGACAAAGAAUGCUGAGUUGCAUCCAAAGAACACCAUACCUACUGUGAAGCAUGGGGGUGGAAACAUCAUGCUUUGGGGCUGUUUUUCUGCAAAGGGACCAGGACAACUGAUCCGUGUAAAGGAAAUAAUGAAUGGGGCCAUGUAUCGUGAGAUUUUGAGUGAAAACCUCCUUCCAUCAGCAAGGGCAUUGAAGAUGAAACGUGGCUGGGUUUUUCAGCAUGACAAUGAUCCCAAACACACCGCCCGGGCAACGAAGGAGUGGCUUCGUAAGAAGCAUUUCAAGGUCCUGGAGUGGCCUAGCCAGUCUCCAGAUCUCAACUCCAUAGAAAAUCUUUGGAGUGAGUUUAAAGUCCGUGUUGCCCAGCGACAGCCCCAAAACAUCACUGCUCUAGAGGAGAUCUGCAUGGAGGAAUGGGCCAAAAUACCAGCAACAGUGUGUGAAAACCUUGUGAAGACUUACAGAAAACGUUUGACCUGUGUCAUUGCCAACAAAGGGUAUAUAACAAAAUAUUGAGAAACUUUUGUUAUUGACCAAAUACUUAUUUUCCACCAUAAUUUGCAAAUAAAUUCAUUAAAAUUCCUACAAUGUGAUUUUCUGGAGAAAAAAAAUCUCAUUUUGUCUGUCAAAGUUGACGUGUACCUAUGAUGAAAAUUACAGGCCUCUCUCAUCUUUUUAAGUGGGAGAACUUGCACAAUUGGUGGCUGACUAAAUACUUUUUUCCCCCACUGUAAGUUAACUUUGAAUAAGACCGUAAUUGAAACUGUACAGCCUAUGGACUUUGUUUGAUGUCAGGUUUCAUUGGACACUACCUUUGCUGGAAGACAAGUCAGCUGAAGGUGAUUGGGCUGUAUCACAUAAUGGGGUUUAUCACAUAAUGUAGCCUGAUGGAGACAGUUCAACCAUUGAUCAGAGUUAUUCAUCCUCUAUCUUUUAUGUCAAGCUGUUUCAUUCUGUUUGUUCACACACAAACAGAUCAGUUGAUAUAUUUAAUUAAUCCUGUGCCAAGAAGGGACUGUGUAAUUAGGCUAUACACCACCGUAUGCGGUAGUCAUUUGGGAGAACGAGUGAAGCAGCAGGGUAAAGUAAGCGGACAGGCUGGUUUUAAUUCAGAUAAAGUGUUUACCUUCUUCUUUACUAAUAAAAGAUAAAUACACAUAUAAAAUAAUAUUUCAAUUCAUGGAGAAUUAACGCAAAAAAUGGCGACGCGUUCACUGUUCUAAUCAAUGAUAAUCAAAUCAUAUAUCACCAAAUAGAAUGUGCUCAAAACGUGUAAUUCCAAUUGAACAUAUUUUUUGUUGUUGGUAAAACAGCAAUUAUUUAGUGACGUGUGAAUAUCUGACCCAGAAUGUUGUCAAAUUAUUAACUUUUGUGAUGCUGUGUUCAUGUUGAAAUAAUAAAGUAUAUUUUUUCAGUUCUUGAAAAACGGCUUCCAUCCGACAGCGACAAUAUUACUGCUAAAUGUUUGAUUUGUCUGACCUCCCUGUUCCCCAUCUCUCAUUCUAGCUACAUCUUCAGACAAAGCUGCACACGACUGGGCCAGUGGGCCAUUGGCUACGUCACCAACGACGGGAAAAUCCUGCAGACCAUCCCCCACAACAAGCCCCUCUUCCAGGCCCUCAUCGACGGCUGCAGGGAAGGCUUGUACGUAAAAACCUGGGAAUUAAGCAUUGUAUUUUUCUGUAGCACAAGUUGCAUUCCAUCUAAAUUCUAAUAAAAUACAUCUAGAAGCGUUCAAGAUAUACUGAAAACAUCCAAAAUACAUAAUCUAUACAGCUAAAAACAACAAUGCAAUGUCAAAACAAGUUGAUUUAUCAAAUUACCUGAUUUUGAUAACCGUUAUUUUGGACAAAAUCAAGGCGUGAAUAUUCUUGUAAGGCUUUUUGUAUAAAAAAGCUUAAAUUACAGCUCAAUUUGAGAUAAAUUUGAAUUUGCGAUUAUUUGUGAUUAAACACAGCAAAUCCUGCGAUUAAAUUGAUUAAAUGUUUUUAUCAUUUGACAGCCCUAAUUGAAAUACAUGCAUAUUUAAUAAUUUUAUUUUAAAUACUUAUUUUCUGUGUAUUUUAGUAUUUUCACAUAUAUUUUAGUAUUUGUAUUUAUUAUGGAUCCCCAGUAGCUUUUCGGGUCCAGUAAAAAUUAUGGCAGUAAUAUACAGUGCAUUAUAAUACAAUUCUUUAACUAUAAAUACAUUUUACAACAGAUUUCACAGUGUACAGUGCAUUCGGAAAGUAUUCAGACCCCUUCACUUUUUCCACAUUUUGUUACGUUACAGCCUUAUUCUAAAAUGGAUUACAUUAAUUUUUUUCCUCAUCAAUAUACACACAAUACACCAUAAUGACAAAGUGAAAGUAGGUUUUUAGACAUUUUAGCUAAUUUAUUACAAAUAAAAAACAAAAUACCUUAUUUACAUCAGUAUUCAGACCCUUUUGUAUGAGACUCUAAAUUUAGCUCAGUUGCAUCCUGUUUCCAUUGAUCAUCCUUGAGAUGUUUCUACAACUUUAUUAGAGUCCACCUGUGGUAAAUUCAAUUAAUUGGACAUGAUGUCGAAGGAAAUGUCCAUAGAGCUCCAAGACAGGAUUGUGUCGAGGAACAGAUCUGGGGAAGGAUAUCAAAACAUUUCUGCAGCAUUGAAGGUCCCCAAGAAAACAGUGGCCUUGAUCAUACUUAAAUGGAAGAAAUUUCUAACCACCAAGACUCUUCCUAGAGCUGACCGCCUGGCCAAACUGAGCAGUCGGGGGAUAAGGGCCUUGGUCAGGGAGGUGACCAAGAACCUGAUGGUCACUCUGACAGAGCUCCAGAGUUCCUCUGUGAAGAUGGGAGAACCUUCCAGAAGGACAACCAUCCCUGCAGCACUCCCCCAAUCAGGCCUUUAUGGUUGAGUGGCCAGCCGGAAGCCACUCCUCAGUAAAAGGCACAUGACAGCCCGCUUGGAGUCCUAAAGGACUCUCAGACCAUGCGAAACAUUUUUGGCCUGAAUGCCAAGCAUCACAUCUGGAAGAAACCAGGCACCGUACAUCACCUGGCAAAUACCAUCCCUAUGGUGAAGCAUGGUGGUGGCAGCAUCAAGCUGUGGGGAUGUUUUUCAGUGGCAAGGACUGGGAGACUAGUCAAGAUCGAGGGAAAGAUGAACGGAGCAGUACAGCGAGAUGCUUGAUGAAAACCUGCUCCAGAGCGCUCAGGACUUCAGACUGGGGCGAAGGUUCACCUGGCUUUGAGACAAGUCUCUGAAUGUCCUUGAGUGGCCCAGCCAGAGCCCAGACUUGAACCCGAUCGAACAUCUCUGGAGAGACCUGAAAAUAGUUGUGCCGCCGACACUCCCCAUCCAACCUGACAGAGCUUGAGAGGAUCUGCAGAGAAGAAUGGGAGAAACUCCCCAAAUACAGGUGUGCCAGGCUUCUAGCGUCAUACCCAAGAGGACUCGAGGCUGUAAUCGCUGCCAAAGGUGCUUCAACAAAGUACUGAGUAAAGGGUCUGAAUACUUAUGUAAAUGUCAUAUUUCAGUAAAAAAAAUACAUUAGUAAAAAUAUUUUAAAAAAAUAAUAAUAAUCUUAGUCAUUAAGGGGUAUUGUGUGUAGAUUCAACUACUUGCAUUUUUCAUAUUUUUUUACAUAUCUACUUAGAAGUUCCAUGGCAGUUAUUAUUCAACAGUAGGAAAUUACAAAUCACACUCACUAACUAUAGGUCGUUAUCGAUAAAACGUCACAAUAAGGUGCAGACCAUUCGAUUUGGCUGCUAGGGGGCAAGGAGACCCCCAGCUCUGCUAAAACCAUUGACACGUAUUUCAAGGGAUUGUUAAAUAAAUGUUGUAACUAUUUGGUUUUAAUAUCAUCACCUCUUGAAGAGCAUAGUCAGAACAACACAUUUCCGAUUAUUACACAUUUAGCUCUAUCAUCAGAUUUAUACAGCUAGUAACUGUAUAACUGUAACUGUAGCUCAGCUGGUAGAGCACGGCGCUUGUAACGCCAGGGUAGUGGGUUCGAUCCCCGGGACCACCCAUACAGAAAAAUGUAUGCACACAUGACUGUAAGUCGCUUUGGAUAAAAGCGUCUGCUAAAUGGCAUAUUAUUAUAACUGCAUGCUUUUGUUGAUCAGUAAACAUCAGUGUAAUUUCAAAUACGUGUAGGUUAGCCUAUCCAUUUGGCUUGUAGCUAGCUAGCAAAGCAAACAACGUGUAAUUUAGCUUGCUUCAUCAGAGAUUUGAAGAGCUUGACAUUGGCAAGGCCUUUGUCCUGGUAAAGUUGUCAGUCGGACUUCUGUCAUCACCACUAUAUAUGGCAAGCAAAUCAAACAAUAUUUCUAUAUAGCCAUGUAGUUUCUCCCCUGAAAGUUAGCUUGUUAACUAGCCAUAUUUACGUGGGUCCGGUUUCCCAAAAUCAUCUAAAGGCUAAGUUCAUCGUUAGAUCCUUCUUAGGAGCAUUGUUAAAUCUCCAAGCUGUUUCCCAAAACCAUUGUUAUUAAUGUUGCACUUGAAAACGUUCGUAAUCUAACGCUUGCCUCUGACCAGCUAAGUGCGUCAUUAGAUGCUUUUCUGUGCUCCCUCGUCACUUUAUACACAUAAGAUCUCCGCAAAACAUAGAAUCACAUGGUUUAUCUGUCUCUAUGUGACCACAAUAACUUCUGAGCAAAGGUGACUACAAAUAAAAAGUUGCCAAUGUCUUUGCAAUUGAUACAAACAAGCGACUAGGGCUGGGUGGUAUACAGUAUUUUACGAUAUACCGGUAUUGAUGCACGGACCGGUUUGGUUUGUUAAAUGUGAUACGCCGUGUGUAACGUCAAUUUUUAUAGUUUAUUUUGCUACUUGAGUCAUCUCUCUCCUCUCUCUCUCUCUCUCUUUCUCCAUGACACUUUCCACACAGACCUAGCCCCGCCCCCUGUCACUCAAGGACCGCAUUUGUUGUUCCUCGGACCACGAUACACUUGCGUUCAGUCUCUGAAUGUUCAGAGAUAAUAGACAGCGGGUAGCAGCAGGAGGGGGGGGGUGUCAAUGUAAAUAGUCUGGCUGGCCAUUUGAUUAAUUGUUCAGCAGUCUUAUGGCUUGGGGUUAUUUAUUUAUUUUUAUUUUACCUUUAUUUAACUAGGCAAGUCAGUUAAGAACAAAUUCUUAUUUACAAUGACGGCCUACACCGGCCAAACCCGGACGACGCUGGGCCAAUUGUGCGCCGCCCUAUGGGACUCCCAAUCACGGCCGGCUGUGAUACAGCCUGGAAUCGAACCAGGGGGUCUGUAGUGACACCUCAAAGCACUGAGAUGCAGUGCUUUACAACGCUGCGCCACUCGGGAGCUGUUAAGGAGUGUUUAGGCCCUAGACUUGGCGCUCCGGUACCGCUUGCCGUGCGAUAGCAGAGAGAACAGUCUAUGACUUGGGCGACUGAAGUCUUUGACAAUUUUUUGGGGUUUCCUCUGACACCGUCUAGUGUAUAUUAGGUCCUGGAUGGCAGGAAGCUUGGCCCCAGUGAUGUACUGGGCCGUACGCACUACCCUCUGUAGCGCAGAGCAGUUGUCAUACCAGGCGGUGAUGCAACCGGUCAGGAUGCUCUCGAUGGUGCAGCUGUAUAACCUUUUGAGGAUCUGGGGACCCAUGCCAAAUCUUUUCAGUCUCCUGAGGGGGAAAAGGUGUUGUCGUGCCCUUUUCACGACUGUCUUGGUGUGUUUGGACCAUGAUAGAUUGUUGGUGAUGUGGACACCAAGGAACUUCAAACUCUCAACCCGCUCCACUACAGCCCCGUCAAUGUUAAUGGGGGCCUGUUCGGCCCGACCUUUCCUAUAGUCCACGAUCAGCUCCUUUGUCUUGCUCACAUUGAGGGAGAGGUUGUUGUCCUGGCACCACACUGCCAGAUCACUGACCUCCUCCAUAUAGGCUGUCUCAUCGUUGUCGGUGAUCAGGCCUAACACUGUUGUGUCGUCAGCAAACUUAAUGAUGGUGUUGGAGUCGUGUUUGGCCACGCAGUCGUGGGUGAACAGUGAGUACAUGAGGGGACUAAGCACACACUCCUGAGGUGCCCCAGUGUUGAGGAUCAGUAUGGCAGACGUGAUCAAGCAAGGAGGUUGGCAGAGCCAAGCACAAGCUAGUGAGAUCCUAUUGGCCCAUUCUAGCAUGCAUCUGCAUAUUUCCGUUAGAGAACGCCUACUCUGUGAAGUGCGCGUGUGCAAUAACUCAAUUCGCCUUUGCACUCCUUCUAAACAACAACAUUUUUUUUACAACUUUGGCAAAGGGUAAAGGGUACAAAACUUAGUCCACUCUGUUCUAGCAUAUUCUAGUUUUGAGAACAGAAAACUGUAUUGAGAUCAAAUGUUUGAUCGAUGAGAAAACUUGCAGAAUGUCGGUCAAAAUCCAUCUCCUUCCAUCUUCUUCCACUGCCGGCCACUGGUGCUGUAAUUUCUAACCGGUUCACCCGAUAUGGAUGAUAAUAACCUAAGAUUAAAGCUGAUAGUCUGCACUUUAACCUCAUAGUCAUUGUAUCAUUUCAAAUCCAACGUGCUGCAGUACAGAGACAAAACAACAACAAAAAUUGUCACUGUCCCAAUACUUUUGGAGUUUACUGUAUAACUCUGAUAGAGCUAAAUGUGUGCAAUUGUUUUGCAUGGAAUAAUCUGCAUUUUGUAGUUCUGACUAUGCUCUUCAAGAUGUGAUGAUAUUACAAACGAAUAGUUAACAUUUAUUUAACAAUCCCUUGAAAACAGCACGCAGUUGUCAAUGGUUUUAGUGGAGCAGGGAGUCUCCUUGCCUCCCAGCAGGUAAAUCGAUUGCUCUGCACCUUAUUGUGAAGUUUUAUUGAUAACGACCUAUAACAUUUUACAUUUUAGUCAUUUAGCAGACGGUCUUAUCCAGAGAGACUUACAUGAGCAAUUAGGGUUAAGUGCCUUGCUUAAGGGCACAUCUACAGAUUUUUCACCUAGUCGGCUCAGGGAUUAGAACCAGCGACCUUUCGGUUAUUGGCACAACGCUCUUACCCACUAAGCUACCUGCCGCCCUAAAAUGUCAGAAAUAAGUGAAAGAUUUAAUGUGACUGCUAAAGCAAGUCACACUAAUGAAGGCAGUUUAACGGAUCAAUAAUCCAGGCUGUAAUCCCUCGAUCCUCUCUCGUCUCUGUUUUAAUAGGGAGGAGAACUGAGAUGUAGCAAUUUACUCACUUUCUUAUUUCCUCUCUGUCUUGACUGCUCAAGCGACAAGGGAUGAUUACCUCUGUAAAUGUCGUUUGAUCUCUCUCUCCACACUUGCGUGGUUUCGGUUCAGAGCGCCAUUGGGAGACGAGCAAAGGUGGCCCACUUCUGCAAAUAUUCUAAUGGAGGAUUCCUGGGAUACAGUUAUGCAUGA